GCCGUAGCUCCUCCCCUAUCCGAUAUGACUCGCCGGAGCCUACGACGGACAUAACACUUUAUGACCUCGCCUUGGCUCGUCAGCGUCGUUGUGUGAGGCUUUAAAUUUCCAAUCAAUCUUUUCAUUUUCGCCUGCUCGAUUACAUCAAAUCAUCAACAUGCGUGAAUGUAUCUCCAUCCAUGUCGGACAAGCCGGUGUCCAGAUCGGUAAUGCCUGCUGGGAGUUGUACUGCCUGGAGCACGGUAUCCAGCCUGAUGGCCAGAUGCCAAGCGACAAGACCAUCGGAGGUGGUGAUGACUCCUUCGACACCUUCUUCAGCGAGACUGGUGCUGGCAAACACGUCCCAAGGGCUGUAUUCGUAGAUCUCGAACCAACAGUAGUCGAUGAGGUCCGAACCGGAACAUACCGCCAGCUCUUCCAUCCGGAACAGCUCAUCACUGGUAAGGAGGAUGCCGCCAACAACUACGCCCGUGGUCACUACACCGUCGGAAAAGAGGUCAUCGACCUUGUCCUAGACAGGCUACGUAAACUAGCUGACCAGUGCACAGGUCUUCAAGGAUUCCUCAUCUUCCACUCCUUCGGUGGCGGCACCGGAUCCGGAUUCACCUCCCUCCUCAUGGAGCGUCUCUCCGUCGACUACGGCAAGAAGUCUAAGCUGGAGUUUGCUGUGUAUCCUGCACCCCAUAUAUCCACAGCUGUUGUGGAGCCAUACAACUCCAUCCUGACCACACAUACCACCCUUGAGCACUCUGACUGCGCCUUCAUGGUCGACAACGAAGCCAUCUACGAUAUCUGCCGGAGGAAUCUUGAUAUUGACCGACCCAGCUACACGAAUUUGAACAGAUUGAUAGCGCAGAUCGUAAGCUCCAUCACUGCUUCACUUCGUUUCGAUGGUGCUCUUAAUGUUGACAUUACCGAGUUCCAGACCAAUUUGGUGCCCUACCCUCGUAUCCACUUCCCUCUGGCCACCUACGCCCCAGUCAUCUCUGCUGAGAAGGCCUACCACGAGCAGCUCUCUGUGUCCGAGAUCACGAACGCCUGCUUCGAGCCAGCCAACCAGAUGGUGAAGUGUGACCCACGUCACGGAAAGUACAUGGCCUGCUGCAUGUUGUACCGAGGUGAUGUUGUCCCCAAGGAUGUCAAUGCUGCCAUCGCCACCAUCAAGACCAAGAGGACCAUCCAGUUCGUCGACUGGUGUCCAACUGGUUUCAAGGUCGGAAUCAACUACCAGCCACCAACUGUCGUUCCUGGAGGUGACUUGGCCAAGGUCCAGCGUGCCCUCUGCAUGUUGAGCAACACCACUGCCAUCGCCGAGGCUUGGGCUCGUCUCGAUCAUAAGUUUGAUCUUAUGUACGCCAAGCGUGCCUUCGUCCACUGGUACGUCGGAGAGGGUAUGGAGGAGGGCGAGUUCUCCGAGGCCCGUGAGGAUUUGGCUGCCCUAGAGAAGGAUUACGAAGAGGUCGGUAUCGACUCCGUUGAGGCCGAGAACGAAGAAGAUGGAGAAGAAUACUAGGAAGUCUCCGAAACUGCACCACGAACAAGACAUUGCAAUACUACCAGACCUUUUCAAGUCUGAAACCAUGAUUAGAACUUUUUUGAUAUGAGGAAGGUGAUGUUCAUUUCACCCGUUUUGGAUCGAAUACAUAUUUUGACGGAUAUAAAUGACAGUGAAAUGAAUUGGUGAUUGAUCUUGUGAAAUGGGCCGCACCGACCCUCAAGGUUUGUGCAUUUCAGUGUUAAAAAAGACUACGAACGUGACUUGCAUCAAAUAUUGUUCUGAAUUUUUCCACCUCCACCAGGGAUAGUUGUAUAGUUUCCUUGGCAACUGCUGAGAGGACAUGCAACACCCUCUUGUGGAGAUUAGCCUAUGAGCUAACCGCCCCACAUUUUACCGUGUGGGGCACCUAGAAAUUACAAUGACAAAACGGAUAUCAUAAAUUUUAUCGUUAUUGUUGUUUUUUAUAUUCUUGUUUUUAUUUUGAAUAUAUUUGAAAGAUUCAAUAUUUUCUACACAUGUUGAACUCGUGGUGAAUUAGACAAAAGUUUGAAAAACAAA